GAGUCGGGUCCUUAUCAUCCAGCCCCUUGCUCCACCCUCCUCCCCUAGUCUAACAGGGACAUGGUAUUGGCGGGCACUUAUAAAAGUCCCUGGCUCAGACGGACACAGAAGGACGUCCUGCAGGAGAGACUAGAAGGCAGCAAGUCCUGAGAAAGAAGACCAUGUCCAAGGAGUGGGGCUACGCCAGCCACAAUGGACCUGAUCAUUGGCAUGAAAAUUUCCCAAAUGCUAAGGGUGACAACCAGUCCCCCAUUGAGCUGCAUACCAAAGACAUCAGGCAUGAUCCCUCUCUGCAACCUUGGUCUGCAUCUUAUGACCCAGGUUCUGCAAAGACCAUUUUGAACACUGGAAAAACCUGCAGAGUUGUGUUUGAUGACACCUAUGAUAGAUCAAUGCUGAGAGGGGGGCCACUCCCUGGACCCUAUCGACUGCGCCAGUUUCACCUUCACUGGGGCUCAUCUGAUGAUCAUGGCUCAGAGCACACCGUGGAUGGAGUGAAAUAUGCUGCUGAGCUUCACCUAGUUCACUGGAAUCCCAAAUACAACACUUUUGGAGAAGCUUUGAAGCAACGUGAUGGAAUUGCUGUCGUGGGCAUUUUUCUGAAGAUAGGACGUGAGAAAGGGGAAUUUCAGAUAUUUCUUGAUGCAUUGGACAAAAUUAAGACUAAGGGCAAAGAUGCUCCUUUCACACGCUUUGACCCAUCCUGUCUUUUCCCUGCUUGCCGGGAUUAUUGGACUUACCAUGGCUCCUUCACUACCCCACCUUGUGAGGAGUGCAUUGUCUGGAUUCUCCUGAAGGAACCAAUAACUGUGAGCUCUGACCAGAUGGCCAAACUGCGAAGUCUUUAUUCCAGUGCUGAAAAUGAGCCUCCCGUGCCCCUGGUUGGUAACUGGCGUCCUCCUCAGCCUCAGAAGGGCAGAAUCGUGAGAGCCUCCUUCAAGUAGGGCCAUCUUCGCAAUGCCUGGAAAUCGAGGGAACGUAUCCCACAAUCGAUGCUUAGUUAAGUGCGCACCUUCUAUCACUGCUCUACACUCACAGCAGAUUUUCUUUUUCCAAGUGUAAAACUGAGCAAAGAAAUGUCACAAAUCUCUGAUUGUCACUACCUAGAGAACGAGAAGUUAAAACUUGCAGUCUCUAACCUUAAAAUGAAAAAAAAAAAGUAAAGUUCAUGUUUGAUUCUUGGUAACAAUUGUCUUUAACAAUAAUUAAAAGUAACAUGCCUAGAAAUAUUUUAAAGAAGAGGAGAAAGGAAAGGAAAAGAGAAGUUGUGAUUGAUGGCUGGCCAAAUAUUUUCUUACCAGCCCUUAACUUUGUUUUUGGUUUUACUGUUUCCAUACUAUGAGUUUCCAGUCUUCACAGAAGUAAUGAGUAAAUCCACCAUGUGAGAAUAGCAGCAUGUGGAGAGCAAAUCAUCACAAAAUGCCGGCUAAAUUAAAUUGGUACCAAUUGUAACAAUGUUUUGAAGUUUUAAAUGAAAUAAAAGAGAAACACAUGAAUCUGAAGGAGAAAAAAUUAGCAGCUACUCUAAUUGGCAUUAGCUUAAUUAUCAAAGUUAACCAUCCGAAGAAAUGGAAAUACCUGGUUGAAUCCCAGAAUUCUUUGCAUUGGUGUUUCUUCUUCAUAAUGGUGAAUGAUUUUCUAUAUAGACUUUCCAGCCCAGCAUGAGGGCCGUGGAACUUUCCUCCUCUUACUGCAUCUUUGCAUGCCUAUACACAGCUGACUAUGCUAGACUUCUGGAUUUUGUUGGACUCACUGAUCUCCUGACUGCACCAUACAAGAUUGUAUGAUUGUGCCUGGAAGUGUAACAAUGUAACUGAGUGCCAACCCAAAUAAAGACUCAUACUGAAAAUGACGGUUUCAGUUGCCUAUUCGAUUUAAUGGAUGGUCAAAAAAUGAUAAUGGGAAUAAGGUAAAGAGGUAGACUAGAAAAUUCCUCUAAAUCUCUUUUAUUAUUAAGGUACAUAGAUUACUUCCUGUUUUGUAGAUUUGGUUGUUUCUCUUAGACAAAUACUCGUUAAGUCUCUACCGUGUAGAUACUGUGCUAGGUGCCAGGAAUGUGAAGGUGGAAACAACGACCACAAAGAUGUGCUUCUUCCAAGGAGUUUACAAUCUAAACUGUAAUCAAGCAAUCAGUCACGUAAACACAUGCAUUUACUGAGCAUCCACUCUGUGCAGUCAUGGGGAGGUGGGGGGGGGGGGAACAAAGAUACAAAUGAAACAGAUAUGCAAAUGUAAGAGAUUGUCUUCUCCAUUAAGGUGUUAGAUGCUGAAAGUUGUCAUAAUACUUAAACGCAAGUCUAAUAAAGAAUAUUUACCAGCAUCGGU